ACGUUCUUUACCCAGACACAUAUCAUAUCUCACAUUUGCAUCUGGAGCAAAAUAUCCCCGGCCCGCAUCAAGCCACCUGCACCUUCUGGAAGCCCUGCCACGACCGCUGGCCCAUACCCCAGCCACUAUGUCCUUCUCCCAGCGCCAUAGGCCAGACCGGGUCCAACAAGGUUCACUGUUGUUCGCAAACCCCAGCGUAGAGGAGCAUGCUACUUCGCCUGCUCUCACUCCAGGCUCAGAUGUGCCCGACAAGCUAAGGCCAACCUACACCACCGCCGGCACCCUCUACAAUCCCGGUACUGCUACCCCCAUUCAAGCUCCUAUCAGGCGGGGACGAAACAACCGCUGGCAGCCGUCGCACGUGUCUGAGUUGGCCGGUCUUCCCAAGUCCAUUCUCGCCAAUCUGCCAUUGAACAUGCACAGGACCAGAUCCCCUGCGACGACAGCCUCCAGCCUCAAGCAUUACGCGCCGCUCCAACAGAACUACGAUCGUGCGAUGACGCCUCCAGCAAAAGAAGAUGGCUAUUUUGAGUCUGCAGACAUGGAAAUAGCUGCUUUAUCGGCUCCCUCUUCGAUACCUCAUGACCAGGAUCGGCUGUCGCAGCCCCGUUUGUCUGCCACGCAUAGCACCGGCACUUCCAGAGCUGUAUCACAAAACAGUAACAAAGAAGACAAAGAAGACAGCGAAGAUAGCGACUCCAUGGUCGAUGCUGCCGCCGAUGCUCUGGCUGCUCGUCUGAACUUCAAAAGUCUAACUAGCCUAGCUUCUUAUGAGAACCCUUCUCAGCAAAUCGCGAAGCGUGCUUUGGCACGGGGUAGAAAUUCACUCAAGUACCCCGAUCUGCCCGUGCACGGAACAGCAAACACUGCGCUACAGUCUCCAAGCUUUCAUCAACAGGGGAGACAACAGCCUCCUAGUCUCUCACAGUCGAGUUUAUCGGCCACCCGAGCCGAUCGACAGUUUGCCGGCUCGACAAAGAGCCCGAAGGCGCUGUGGCCCGUCAAUGAAACGCUUUUGAAUCAAAAUAUAUCACAGCUAUCGCUAAAUCGGGGACCCAAGGCUCUGGUUUCGGCCAUCGAUACAGCAUAUCCAUCCGCUCUCUCCACAGGCCCAGGCGCUCCUCUUCCCCUUACAGCAGGCCCUCCAGGACUUCGUCAGUACCGACCGUCCUCGUUUGAGACAAAUGCACCUGCAGCUAGCGGGGGGUCUAAACUGCCGAACAGAGUCUACGAGGCUGAGAAUGAGCAGCGGAAGCGGAAUGAAUCGCCCCUCUUGACACUUCGAGAAGCUCGCGAGCAAGAUCUCAGUCAUGUCCCAUACAUGGACGAAAAUUCCCUGCCGGACCAAGUCGACUCAGAACCCGCGACAAGAGACCGCCUCGAACCAGCAAACUCAGAUUUUGGAUUACUUGCUAGGUCUACACUGCCAAGCUCUUUGGUCUACGAGACCGAGUCUCCCGAUAAGAUCGACCAGUAUUAUCCCGAUCAGUUCCCCCCAGACUACACACCUAGCAAGAAGUCAGAUUUUCAAACAAGCGACUGGGAGGCAGAAUGUGUGGCACGACGUCGCUUCCCCGGCCGCAGAACCGCAGAGCAACUUGCUCGCCACCAGAAAAAGGUCGACGAAUCGUGGUACGCCGGUAUCUCACGUAUUCAUGAAACUAUGGACGACGCUAUUGCGCAGAUGCAGACAAGACAGCUUCUUCAUACCAUUGGACGUCCAGAGCAUGCCGAUGCAUUCAGCAUGAACGGGUCUACCGACAAUGUGAGCCACUCGAUAGGACGUGAACUCUCGUUGCAAGACGCCAUCAGGACGGAUCGUCCAAGGCAUGCCGCUCCGCUCCUCAACAUGGCUUUUUCGACCCUUUUAAGCUAUGUCGACGAGUGCGGAGCAAACAAACAACGUUCCCCCUUUAUGGACUAUCGCGAAUGGAGGGACAUGAAGACUGCAGAACGACAUCGUGCUUGGUCGACAGAGAAUUUACAGUGGUAGACCCGUCGCGAUGGAGCACCCAGUUGUGUUUAGUUGGACCCGGCCAAAGGAGAACGUCCACACCUAGCUGUGUUUAGAAACAUGCGCCGUUCUUUGCCCUUAUAUUUUUCGUUUCCCUUCCGACUUGUGGAGCAAAAUUGAUGGAAUAUCACG